AUGAACAUGAUCCUCACGAAAAAUCUAAUAAUGGUGUCUUUGUUGUACUUUUCAACUGCUGUGUUAUCCUUUGCUCAGAUCAUCUUGGCUUCUGAUAAGCUCACUUUACCAAAAUUUGAAUCAUCUUCAAAGUUUUUUGCUCAGUCAGAUCCUGAUGUUCCUAUUAAUAAAGUAAAUGUUAGUGAUAAUUUUGGAUUACAAACUGACAAGUAUUCCUGGUCAGAUGUCAUAUCUAGUUUAUCAUCAAAUGAAAAGUUGUUUUUAAUUCAAAGACAUGGAGAAGGUUGGCAUAAUAUUGCACCAUCUAAUUUUUCUCAAGAAGAUUGGGAUUGUUUUUGGCAAUUGCAACAAGGUUAUGAUGGUGUUAUUUGGGCUGAUGCUGAAUUAACUCCAAAUGGAGUGAAGCAAAUUCAAAAAUUAUCUAAACAAAUCAAUGAUACUGAUGAAUUACCAUGGCCAUCCAGAUUUUUUGUUAGUCCAUUACGUAGAACUUUGGAAACUUGGCAAUUGACUUGGUUAGAUUUGAAUUAUUCUACUCCUUUAAUUAAAGAAUCUGCAAGAGAAACUUAUGGUAUUCAAGCUGAAAGUCAACGUCAUAAUAAAUCUUAUAUUCAUGAACAUUUCCCAUUGUUUGAAUUUGAAGAUGGUUUUAAUGAACUUGAUGAAUUGUGGAAACCAAAUUUACGUGAAACUAGUCAACAUCGUAAAUAUAGAGCAGCUUCUUUAUUAACAGAAAUUUUUGCCAACACUACUGCAGAUGAUAAAGUUAUCAGUUUGGUUACUCACCUGGGUUUGAUCAGUUCUAUUUUGGAUGUUGUUGGUCAUAGAUCAUAUACUAUGCAAACCGGUGGGUUAAUUCCUGUUGUUAUUCACAAAAAGAAAAACAAAACAAAGACUUACAAUUUGGAUAAACCAGAUAAAACAUAUUCCGAUAUUUGUCCAAAUCCUCCUGAAUCCAUUAGCGGUGCACCAAGUGAUUAUACUACUAUUGCCACUUGA